CGCAUGAACGUGCUUUGGUUCUGCUGUUUCGUUAAACAGAUACGCAGAGCUGGGAAUGACAAUAAGAAAAUCAGCAUAGAGCCACCCAUAAAAUAUCCAUGGUACGAGCUGAGUAACCAUGCCUCUUAGUUUUCCAAGGAGGGAUAAUGGACAAUUGGACCCUAAUGAUUUUACAAUUAGCGACAAAACGGAAGGGGUUUGGGGUAGAGUGCCUGGAGAGAUUGGUGGGGAGCAGUUUCUUAUUCAAGACUGCAAAGUGUGACUCUUUUAUUCUCUGUUGAUCGUUACCAGAACGCUAGUAUUUACCUCCUUGAUCAUAUCAACACCAUAACCAUAGACGACUGUGAUAACUGUACAAUUCUUACCGGACCUAUUAAAACAAGGUUAGUUUUUCAAUCAAACCAGAUAAGUUCACCAAUUUCAGCAUAUUUGUAAGAGAUUGCAAGGAGUGUUGCAUAAUGACAGCUUGCCAGCAAUUCCGCGCCCGCGACUGUGAAAAUAUAAUUGUGUUGCUGGCUUGCGCCACAGAGCCGAUCAUCGAAGCAAGUUCAGGGAUGAAGUUUGGCCCUUACCAAUGCCUGUACGAAGAACUCGAUGCUCAGUUCAAGUCAGCUGGUCUCAGUAUAUUCAAUUGUAACUGGUCAGAGAUCUAUGACUUCACGCAGGACACUGGUGCGGAAAGCAACUUUGAGCUGCUGGGUCCCGAGGAGGCUGAUGCAAGAAAGUACAUGCUCACACCAAAAGAAGCUCUGGAAAACGAGAGCAAGAAAAAUGAUUCGCAAACUGUGUCUAACGAGAAUACAGUGUCUCUACUCAAUAGACUGUCCUCAGUCUCAGUGUCCUUGAAUCCCAACGAUUCCCUUGUUCCGAGAACACUGGGUAGCAGUGUUCAGCUCCUAAUACGCAAGGAAAGCUGUACAACGACACAGUUGAAUGGAUCCGCUUUAAUUGCUGUGUUCGACCAUCCCAGUGCAAAUGAGUGCGCCAAAGCCAUAGUCACUCUGCUUCGAGAAUACCCCUCUUGUUACCUCAUUCGGACAAGAUUUUCCCGAUUCAACGAAUACGAUAUGGAACGCAUUUUUGGAAUACGCGCCAAGUCGAAGCAGGCCAAAGUUGGUGCUGGUGGGGUUAUCACACUCGAGGUUGCUGGGCCCGCCCUUGUUGUCGGCCGUUCCUGCGAAGAAGUCGUGCAGAAAGCUUCUUCACUGUUUGAACCGGGGUUUGUUCAUGUGACCAGCGAACCAUCUCUGGCCAGUAGACAAAUCGAUCUCCUCAACGGACUCUAUCGAAUGCAUCUGGACACACAUUGAUUUGCACACAAACCAACCCAAGCACACAUUCCGAUUUUAUGCGGUAAUUUUCUAUCUGGCUGUAAUGUUUUUUUUCACUUAUCACACCUCUGUGUUCAUACGCACAACAAAAGGCCUAUCAAAUGAUUGAUGACUACCAUGUAAACUAAACAAGCGAAGUAUAAAAAAAUGCCAUCCCA